UGGUGGUAGUGAUCGUAGAUUAAAUGCCAGCACCAAUCUACUAACCCUAUAAAUGUGUGAAAGUUACAAGCUAUCUUUUCCGAUCCAAUAAGAAUAGUUAUGCCGUCUUCAUCGUCCUAUGAACCCAGCAACCGCCAUUACAGACCACGGAAUUGGCAUCGGACAUAUUCCGUUCGAGUAGAACUUCUCGACGACGACGACGAUGACGGAUAUACACGAAGCCGCGAGACUGGGACCCGACCCGACGGACCAAGACGCGGUAGAUCUGCUCCGACAACUUCGGGUGGUACCAAUACUAGGCCUUCGCAGUUCAGGGAAAGUAGUCGAGUCAGGAGAUCGUCGGCGACUGCCACCUUAGGCCGCAACGAACAUCCACAAUCAACAGGGCAACAACAUACAUCCGCGCGGGACCGGCAAAAAGGAACUACAUCGCGCACUUCCCAAGCUAGCCGACGCGAAGAUAAAGGAUACUUCAGCGCCACCGACGACGUUCGCUCACAAACCUCUACUCCCCGCGCAUCAAGAAGCCACCGCCCCGAAGCAUCCCAACCCAAGCACUCCGCAUGGCGAACCCCAACAUACGACCAACCACCCACCGCCCGCCGUCCAUCCUCACAGAACCGGUGGAGCACAGGGCACCACUCAUACAGAAGCACACAAACGCAAACCGACGGACGAGGUUGCGACCGCUGCGUAACUCCGCACCAGCACUCCAGCGUAGACGGUCGAUCAAUGAGAUACCCCUCCGAAAACAUUAUAUCUUAUCCCGCGCCCAUACCGGAAAGAUUGCACUCGAUACACUCGACGCAGUUAGCUCGGGAUCAAGGUGGACUUGAGUAUCACGGACGAUAUCGUGAUCAUGAGCGUCGGCGGAGUUGGUGGCAGUUAAUACCGCUUAUAUGCUUGACUUUCGGACGCUCGCGUGAGAUCUAAGUUUCGGCUUCGGCUCCGCCGUUGAGACCUGCAUCUCGUGUUAGUGUGUAUAGUUGUAGAUCUCGACUAUACGGUUAAAUGAGGGCCGUGGAAGGUGAAUGAGGGAUUCCGGGCGGAAGUAUGGUUGCAGAAUGGGAGGAUGGUAAAAAAUGGAUCGAAUAGGGGGUAAAGUUAGAACCGUGGAAAAUAAUCUAGAUAGGUAGUAUGGUGGCACCAUCGGAUCUAUCCGAUAG